GCAACGUCACUUUGCGCAAGGUAGCUAAGGCUAAAGUUAAACCAUUUUCUAAAAAAAUCGUGACUCAUUAAAUCCAGGAUAAAUGUAAGAACUAUUACUGGAGAGGAAGAAGGAGAUUCUAAGAACAUCAGACCAUAACUUUAAUGAUAAAUUAUUAUACAGCGGGGGAUUCCUGCAUUCAUAAUUGUGCUUCAUUAUUGUGCAGCUCUUAAAUGGAGCUUGCGGGUACUCGCAGAAUUACCGUUUUCUGAAUGAGCUAGCUGCAUGUGAGAAUAAAAAAAAAUCUGAUCCAGUACCAGAUCAGCCUUCUCCAGAGUUAUACCGUCCGGUUAAAACAGCUCUAAAAAUUUAGAAGACAUGUGGAUUUUCGCAGUUCCGUUUUACCUUCGACGUAUCAAGAUAAUAAUAGGUUCAAUGUUUUUGAUUUCCUUAUCGUUUACCUUGUGGAUUCGGGUUGCAGUGAUUGCCGAACCGACAACCAAAUUUCCUUUUCAUAGUUUGUGUUGCGAUUCACAUCAACUCUUGUCUGAAGAUAAAAAAUGUGUCGGCCUGGUGCUGGGUAGCGCCAACCCUUUAGAAGAAUUAAAUACCUACACAUCUGAAUUGGUGAUGGACCCUUUAUUUCAGUGUACUAAUGUUGAUGGUUCGAAACUGUUGUAUUUCACUACCGGGGAAAUAUCACAGAACGGAACGAUUGUCGAACCCUUUUCCAAUCGAACAAUUUUGAAAGGAGAUUAUUGCGUUCAGCCGUCGACGCAGAUGGGAUUGACCGCGGUCCUUUUCUGCCGCCGCCCAGUUCAAAUUAGAAAGUGUUGUCCUUUGGGACAGUUAAUCAAUCGCACAUCGAUCGAUCAAUGCGUCGUUAGCAACAAAGACGAAUCACCGUCACAACUGGCAGUGACGCACUUUCUCGAAUCGACAGCAGCAGCCAAUUAUGGUGCGGAUGACAUCGUAGUUCAAGACAAUGCUUCGCUCCAAUGCGAUUUCGAUUACAACGUCUAUUUGCCGGGCUACUUUAUCGAUCACGGAUUUAAAGUCAGUCAGGAAUUGGGUCUCUAUGUCAAGAAGGCCUCUUACGGGCCCAUCCGUCACUCGAAAAAUUAUUGCGUCGAUAGCACUGUAUAUGCCAAUGGGACGGAAGGCCCUAUAGCAAUGAUUUGUCUGCCGAAAAGCUUCUACGUUAUGCGGUGGCUUCUGAACAACGUCUACUCGAUUUUCAACUUGAUUUCAGCUGUUCUUUUGCUCAUCACCUUCCUGGUCCACUUGCUGCUGGCCUCACUGAGAGAGAACAUCCAGACCUACUCCAUGCUCAGCUUCUUCGCUUGUCUGAUUGUCAUGCACUUCCAAAACGGCAUAUUUUUGCUCUCGAAGUACGAGCCGCAUACCUGGUGCUUAAACAAAGCUUGCAUAAGUGGUUAUUUUCGGUACGCUUCAUCCACUUGGAUCACAGUGAUGGGAUACAACAUCUUCCGGCAAUUAAGGACGAAGAUGUCAAGAAGAUUAAACAAACGCGAGCUAAUGAAAGCUUACUUCUGUCGCUGCCUGUAUGCCUGGGGAUUGCCAUUGGCUUUGAUUUUGAUUUCUCAUUACUACAAGGAAUACAACGGAUGCCCAACCAAAUUGAAACGCUGCUGGUCUUGCGAUUCUGUCUCUCGGAACCUUUCACAAGCGCCCAACAUCGUCCUCCUGACCGGAAAUUUAAUCUUCUUCAUUCCAAGUGCUGCGAAAAUUUACAAGAGUCUAAGUUUUCUUCAGGGAUCGGUUCCCAAACAUGCGCUGAGUAAAGUGGAAUCGAGCCGUAUCCACACGAUAUUUCGGCUGUUCGUUCUCAUGCAAUUCUACACAGUUCCGAGAAUUAUUCAGUGGUUCGUUGACUCCGAUCGAGCCCAUCCCGAACUGUUGAUGCUCUGCGCCACCAUUUUCUUAAUGAUCGGCCCGUCCAUCUUUUAUUUGUUCGUUUGUCGACGCGGAACUUUGAACUUGAUCAAAGCUCACGCGAGCAGUUUGAUUUGUCGACACCGACACAAGUUCCCUUGGCUUCAUUCGCAAACUUACCAAGUGAACAACGACGGCACUGCAACAAGUACCAGCAACUACUCCGCAAGAUCAACAGUGAAGACUAUUUCGUCAGGAUUAGCUCAGCAUCCAGCUAGCACUUAUCGUCUCUACCCCAUCGAUAAAUAAUUCGGCAUAUUUUUAAAUGGU